AUGCCCUUCUCAACGGGGGGUUAUGUCACUCGCCUAGCUGGUGGUUGUGUCACUUGGUCAUCUAAAAAGAUCAAGACAACAGUUUGUCUUUCCUCCACCGAAGCAGAAUAUAUUGCUGCUAGUGAAGCUGUUAAAGAAAUUGAAUGGUUAGGUGAUCUUACUACUGUUAUGGAUCUCACACUAAACAAAACAAAAUUAUAUGUUGACAAUGAACCAGCAAUUAAGUUAAGUAAGAAUCCAGUAAUGCAUCCAAGAACUAAACAUAUCGCACUGAGAUAUCACAAAAUCAGACAUGCAGUGGAACAGGAUAUUGUUGAUUUGGAAUAUGUUAAUACAAAAGACCAACAGGCUGAUAUCCUAACUAAAAUUUUAGCUAAAUCCCAAUUUGAAACCUUAAGAGAUGAAUUAGUCUCAAAUUUAACUACUUAA